ACAUGAUUAAUAUUCCUUAUUUAUGAACAUCAACAUAACUAGGGUUUCCGCUGCUGCUACAAAGAAGAACCCUAACUCUUCCGAUCAUCCAUUCCCAAUCCGCAAUCAUGAUUAUACCGGAGAAGAAUCGUAAGGCCAUUUCCAAAUACCUCUUUCAAGAGGGUGUUUGCUACGCUAAGAAGGAUUACAAUUUGGCGAAGCACCCAGACAUCGAUGUACCGAAUUUGCAGGUGAUUAAGCUUAUGCAGAGCUUUAAAUCGAAGGAAUAUGUCCGGGAGACAUUUGCUUGGAUGCAUUACUACUGGUAUCUCACCAACGAUGGAAUCGAGUUCCUCAGAACUUACCUCAAUCUUCCAUCUGACAUCGUGCCUGCUACUUUGAAGAAGUCAGCCAAGCCCCUCGGACGUCCGAUGGGUGGACCUCCCGGCGACCGUCCCCGCGGCCCUUCUAGAUUUGAAGGUGAUAGACCAAGAUUCGGUGACAGGGAUGGUUAUCGCGGUGGUCCAAGAGGGCCUCCUGGGGAAUUCGGCGGUGAAAAGGGUGGAGCUCCGGCCGACUAUCAGCCUGCUUUUAACAGGGGUGCUGGUGGAAGACCCAGCUUUGGCCGUGGUGGUGGUGGAUUUGGAGGUGGUGCUGGUGGUGCAGGUGCUCCACCAAGUUCAAGUUUUUCUUAAAACAUUAGAAUUUCAUAGUUUUGGGUUGUUGAAUCUUUAAAUGUAAGGAUUAGCCGAAUGCUAUUGUUAUAGUACUUGAGUUGUGUUAUUCGAUAAUUUUGUUAAAUCGUGGAUUUUGUUCUUUA